AUGUCGUUCACCAGCGCGCUCUGGCGCCGACAAGUCCUCUCCCUCACGAGCUCGACAUCCGCGCUCCCACGCACCACGCAGCCGACAUCACCACUAUCGCGCCACCUCCUACGCGCGCGAAACCAGCGUUUCCAAUCCACAGACCCAAACCCCUCCAAACCACCGCCCAACAACUCCUCCUCGUCCACCUCCUCCUCCUCCUCCUCAGCCACAGCCGAAGCCGCCGCGCGCAAACAACACUCCCGCCUAAACACCAUCCUCCACCGCGCCCAACGCUGGCUCCCCGCCCACCUACACCCGACCUUCGCGCGCCUGCGCUCGGCGCCCCUGUCGCACGUCGGCGCCUUUCUGGUAUUACACGAGAUCACGGCCAUCGGGCCGCUGUUUGGCCUGACGUACCUGUUUUAUACCAUGGACUGGGUGCCGACGGCGUGGGUGCUGGGGCCGUGGGCCGAGUGGGCCGAGGAGGGGCUGCAGAAGUAUGCGCGCUGGUUUCGGCGGAAGGGGUGGUAUGGGCUGGGGAGGGGGGCCAAGGGUGGGGAGGACGGCGAUGGACGUGGUAGUGGCGAUGGGCGGGAUGGGCGGGAGGGCGAGGAGAGACUGGAGGGGGAGUUGAAGGGGGAGAUUGAGCGGGAGAAGAGGGAGGGCAGGGGGACGGGGUGGGUGAAGGGGUGGAUGACGAGGUUCAGGGGGAAGGGCAAGGAAGACGCUGAGAGCGUGGGUGCUGGCGUUGUCGCGGCAGAGGGAGCCGACGAGGGUAGGAAGAUGGCGAGGACGGCGUGGCAGAAGGUCAAGAAGGCCGUUACGUUUGAUAAUACGGAGAGGGGCUACAAGGUCGGCAUCCAGAUCGCGGCCGCCUACACCAUUACCAAGAUGCUGCUUGUGCCUCGCAUAGCAUUGAGUUUGUGGUUGACACCAUGGCUCGCGAGGGGAUUCGUGGGUUUUAGACGGACGAUAUUCAAGAAGCGCUGGGGAACCUAG